AUGUACCAACAUGCCGUUUCUGCUGUAAAACCAGGCAAGUUAGUGUCUCGAAUCGUUAAGAAAUGCGAUGAUACAAACUACGUCAUAAAAGGACGAAAAUACGUGUUUAACAAAAAUGUGUAUGUCGUUGGUUUUGGCAAAGCUGUUUUGGAUAUGGCAUUAAAAGUAAAUGAAGUCUUCGGUGAACACAUUGUCGAAGGCAUUUUAAGUGUUCCAGAAGGUAUCAAAAAUCCUCCUGGAGUAGAAGAAAUUAAAAAACGAAACAUUCAAAUUAGAGAAGGUGCAGCAAAAAAUUUACCUGAUAAGAAAGCAGAGAGUACUGCCCGAGAAAUUGGCCGUUUGGCAGAUUCUCUAGGAGAUGGCAUGAUUUUGAUGGUUCUGAUAUCUGGAGGGGGCUCAGCUUUGCUCCCUGCACCAGUGCCAGGUAUUACAGUUGAAGAUACAGCACAGUUGGUUUCUAAACUUCAGUGUAAUGGAGCAACGAUUACUGAAGUUAACUCAGUACGUAAAAAACUCUGCACCUUGAAGGGUGGUAAACUUGCCAUCAGGGCAAAUCCGGCUCGUGUUAUUACUUUCAUUCUCUCCGAUGUCAUUGGAGACCCAUUGGAUUUUAUUGCUAGUGGUCCUACAGUAAAGAAUGAAGAUCCCUCAGUAUUACCUCUUGAAAUUAUUGAAAAAUAUCACCUUCAAACUGAAAUUAAGAGUAAUAUAGUGCAGGAAUUGAAGAAACAACAGAAGACCAUUGAUUUUCCUCAAAACAAUGUUUACAAUGUAUUAAUUGGAAACAAUUUAACAGCUCUUCUGGCUGCGAAAGAGGCUGCAAUGAAUAAAGGAUACUUUCCUAUUUUAUUAUCAGAUAAAAUUUCUUGUCCUGUUGCAGAAUUAAGUGAAUGGUACAGUACACUUUGUGUAACCUUUUGGAAGGCACAGGAAACACGUAAUUCUGCUGAUCUAGAAGAGGUACUGCAUUUAGCAGUUGAAAAAUAUGGAUUUACUGAUGAAGUUGUUGAACUGUUUUUAAGUUUUGUUCCCAAAUUCCGUGAGGGUGCUUUUAAAGGGCUUUGUAUCAUUGGUGGUGGUGAACCGACAGUUGUAGUUCAUAAGAGAUGUGGGAGUAAGGGUGGAAGAAGUCAAGAACUAGCCCUUCGAUUUUCUGUGAAAAUUCACGAGUUGGCAAAUCAAGAAGAAUGUGAUAAUAUGGCAUGUGUUUUGAUGGCAGCUGGUACUGAUGGUAUUGAUGGUCCGACAGAUGCAGCUGGAGGGUUCGGAUAUUUAGAGCAAAUAGAUAUUGCAAAUACCAUAGGUUUAGAUGCAAAGACCUACAUAGAAAGGAGUAAUUCAUACGCAUUUUUUUCUGCAUUACCAAGAGAUAUGAUUAAAAUUGGGCAUACUGGUACAAAUGUCAUGGAUUUGCAUAUAAUAAUGAUUAAAAAAUUAAGACGUAAAUAA